AUCACAUUACCAGCCAUCAGGCCAUCAGUCGAGGCCCGAAUCGCAGACCCGCAAGUCAAGAGCCACAGUUCGCAUUGCAUACAUUUUGGCGCGCUUCGAUAUAAACACACCAACACAUACCCCACUACACCAACCACUGUGUAUAAGCGGCUCGGAGGCAUCACUUCCUGUGAGGCGACAAAAUUUAUCAACUCUUGUGUCUGGGGUGGUAUGUGGAUAAAUUUUAGCCGCCAUGGAUCCCAGUGCUCUACAAAACAUGGAUCGGGACGCAUUAAAGAAGCAAAUCGAGAAUAUGAAAUAUCAGGCCUCCAUGGAGCGCUGGCCGUUAUCUAAAUCCAUAGCAGAAAUGCGUUCGUUCAUCGAGGAGAACGAGAAGAACGAUCCAUUGAUCAACGCGCCGGAUAAAAAGAACAAUCCGUGGGCCGAAAAAGGCAAAUGCGUUAUCAUGUAAUAUUAUCGUAAACCACAGAAAUACCGCCAUAACUAUGAUAACCAGCCAAACAACAAUAAUGCAACCCAUUCCACGACUCAUACCACUACAACAACAACAGCAACAACUGGUCAAUACAAUUAUGAUAACCCACAACAACAACAGCAACAACAAAAUCAACAACAACAUAGAUUUGAGACCCCCAACCGAUGUAGCAGUCAAGUUUCGGGAAGGGGCGAUGAUUCCCUAGAUCUAGUGCCGGUAGAGAUGCAGCACUAUAACAACAACUACUACUACUACUACAACUACAAUCUGAGCUACGAGCCGCCGGGCGAACGCUGGGCGGUGGGCGUCGGCAGCGGGAUAGGCGGGAGCAGUCGGUUGCAGCAGCUGAAGCGAAGGACACGGUACGAGCUGCAGCAAUGGCCGCUGCUCAUGCAACUGCUGCUGUUUGUCCUGUGGCUGAAUGCCAAGUUCUGGCAGUUGGUCAACGAGCAGGUGACCUACCGACGCCGGAGGUGGCAUUGAGGGAACGAGAAGGAGGAGCAAGAACUAUUGCGACGACGGGUGUUGCUGGGUAUGAGUUCGAUCUAGCUUAAGUUGUGAAAAUUAUGCCCACACUCUUUCAAAUCUCAUCUCAAUAAAAAUAAUCAAAAUGCGCUGCGUAGUGGAAGCAGUGCAACCACAGCCAAAGAAAA